AUGGUCGCAACGGCCAUCCUCUCACCACCUCCACAAGGCAAUGGUCACCUCGGAAGCGACGACUCUAGAAUGGACACCACCACUACAACAGACUCAGUUGUCGAUACACCCACAGUGCAGCCCCUAGCGGCAUACCCAUUGGUGAACUCACAACCCCCGGUGCGCGCCAUUGAUGGUCACCAGCUGUUCCAGCUCCACCAAAAGUUUGUUACAACGCCGUUGCCCACAAAGGCCAUGUUCCCCUGGCUCCACGGCGUUGACGGCACAAGCAAUCCCCAGAACUACUUCUUUGGCAUCCAACACCAACAUUAUGCUGGCUGUGCCGCCACAGGAGGAGUCGACAUAACAGACAACAACAACAACCCUGCCACAGCAACUGCAACGACGCCUCAACUCCCUUUGCCAGAACACCGUGGGCUGAUGUUUGUUCAUGCAAACGAACUCGACCUCGGCCGCCUCGUGGGCUCAGUCAGCCCUUCAGAGAUCCUUCAACCGGUUCCGCCCACCCCUCAAUCGUCCCCUGCCUCCCCUUCCCUCGUCUCUCCUCCCGCCUCUUCCAAUGUUGAAUACUCGAAUGGAAGCACCAACAACACCGAUACUAACGGUUCAUAUGACAACAACACCAACACCAACGGUUCAUAUGACAUCAACAACCACCCACAACUUCUUCAUCAACACACAGCCGCCCCUGCUACUUCGAUAACUCAUGGCGACAUAACAACCAUAUCAAAUACCGACUGGGCCGACAUCUCAGACGACCUAGCCAGUUCCGCCCUCUCGUCCUCGUCCCUCCCCUCUACCACAUCCUCGUCAUUCAACAACAAUACCAUCGGCAGCAGCAAUGGUGCGACCACAGGAACAGGAGGUGGCAACGGCGGUGCAUUCGACUCUUCUUCGACUUCGUCUUCCUCGUCUGUUACAUCUCACCCUCUCGCCAGGAAACUCCAAAGCUCGUUCAUGCACUCGCUGAGCGAGGGGAUCAACAUUCGAAACUUUAAGAUUCAAGUCCCUCGCUAUGCCCUCCUGUCGGACCUGAUCAUCUAUGCCAAGGACGGCGAACAAGAUAUCUAUAUCUUGGAACUCGCAAAACAGAUCUCGACCGCCCAGGAAGAGGUCUUCAGGGCAAUGAAGGAACAGUACCCCCAGAUGGCACUCGAAUCCCGACGACAGACCUUUAUCCUCACAGAUUCGUUCGCGGCAUUCGAAGCGAAGUACCCCGAGCUGGUCGCGAUCUCCAGCAGUGGCCACAACUGCAAGAACAAGGUCGACUUUUGGGAGCAAGAACGCGAGCAAAUGUCCCUCCUCACACGCGGCUCCGAGAUUGCGCCUGGCAUCUGGCUGGGAAACAGUUCGGAUGUGCCUCAACAGAACAACGCCAACAACAACGCGUCCGCCCUCGCUACGCCCGUCACCCCGGGUUCCUCUUUUCAAUCCUACUUUUUCUCGUCAUCCUCGGCCUCGUCGACUAUACCAAACGCGACUUCUUUGGCUAACAGCAACAACAACAACAAUAACAACAAGUCGACAGCUAUACCCACGACACCACCGCCCGAGACAACCAACGACUAUUACCCACCCCUCACCCCACCUUCCUUCAGCGACCAAACCAACUUCCACCCUUCCAUCUGUGUCGAAUGUCGGUCUGGCGCCAACGCGCCUACUACUUUUACGCUGGACCGGAUCAAGAGCAAUGUUGCCUGCACCCCUGCGCCGCUCUCGUUCAAGGAGAUAUUCCAUCUGGAAUGUGGUGGUUCUUUGACUGCUGGAAGUAACCCGGAGGCCUUCCCGCCCUCGACAUCGUCUCUCUCGAACUUUGCUCGACAGCAGAAUGUGGAUGUGGGCGCGAAUCAGACAAUGCGGAGGGCGACCGCUGCCGGACUUGUGGGUGGAUACCAGAUGAUUAACACUAUGCUGCAGACCCAGAUUACGCACCUCGUCAAUAUGGCCUUCUUUAUCAACCAGGUCACCGACGGCACCUCUGUUGCCAGUGCUGCCGCUGCUGUUGCGUCAGGACUCUCGUCACCCACAUCGCCAUCAUCACCUCCUUCGUCCUUCAACAACGGCUUCACUGCUGGUCAUCGUAGCCCUUCAGCUCAACAGCAGCAGCAGAGACCUCACCAGGUGCUGAUCUACUGCGUGGACGGAUAUACGGAGACGGCGCUGCUGGCGCUUGCGACCGUGAUGGUACACUAUCGUUUUACCCUCGCCGAAGCCUAUGUCAAGAUGCAGACGGACCUUGGCCGCAGCUUCUUUGUAUACCCCAACGAUGCCAUCAUGAUGCUUGAGGUCGAAGCCCAGAUCUGGCAGCGACUUGUCUCGGAGAAGAAUGGAGGUGGUCUGAGUGUCGGCAGCAAGAGUGCGAUUCCUGGAGCUUCGGCGUCGACUUCUUUCUCGUCUUCGGGCAUAUCGUCAUUGUCAUCCUCGAUGAGUUCGACUUCGUCGUCGUUCUUUUCGUCGCUACUUAAUAUGACCAAUCAACCCUCUCAGCAGGGACCACACGACGGAUCGGUGCAGCAGAGCCAGGAGCAGGAACAGGAUUCUGGGAACGGAGGCAGUAUGGCCAUGGAGGGCCUCGAAUCCACACCCGAUCCGGAACCCAUCCCCAUCAUCCCCACCAUCACAACCGCUCCUCCUCCUCCUUCUCCUCUCCCUUCAACGACCAACAACAAUUUUACAGCAGCCUACCCCUUCACACAGCCCGAACACCUCGAAAAAUUCGGAUGGUUCUAUGAUCCAGAAUUCGAGGGCUCCUUCCCCUCCCGGAUCCUGCCCUUCUUGUACCUGGGCAAUUUAGCGCAUGCGUCCAACCCGGGGUUGUUGAAGAGUUUGGGGAUUCGGUAUGUGUUGAGUGUGGGCGAGCAGGCGCAUGGACUUGAUAUCCACAUGGGCGAGGUUGGCAGUGAAGACAAGUCGACACAGUUUAUGGUCAAGCUUGUGGAUGAUAUGUAUGAUAAUGGAGUCGACCCACUUUGGCGCCACAUCGAGAAUUCUGUUGCCUUUGUCGACGAGGCAAGGAAGAACAAUACCCGGAUCCUAAUCCACUGCCGAGUCGGCGUCUCCCGGUCCGCAACAAUCGUGAUCGCCUACUUAAUGGCCUACUACAACCUCUCCCUCGUCGACGCAUACCUACUGGUCCGCGCCCGUCGCCUAAGCGUGAUCAUCCAACCAAACCUCCUGUUCAUGUAUGAACUCAUGCAAUGGGAACAACGACUUCGAGGCCGGUUCGAUUCUAUGGGCUGGCAUGGGAUUGCGAGAGAGGUGCAUCAUCUCAACAUGUAUUACAUCGGCAACUGA